GGGGCCGGGGCGCCGCGGGGCCGAGCGGAGCGGGAGGAGCGGGAGCGGCGCUCAGGAUGGCUGCAGCUCCUCCAAGCUACUGUUUUGUAGCCUUCCCGCCCUGCUCUAGAGAUGGGCUGGUGGUGUUUGGGAAGAACUCUGCGCGGCCCAGGGACGAGGUACAGGAGGUGGUCUACUUUGCUGCUGCAGAGCAUGAGCCAGGAAGCAAAGUUGAGUGCACGUACAUCGAGAUUGAGCAGGUGCCCAAGACUCAUGCUGUGGUGCUGAGCAGGCCCUCCUGGCUUUGGGGGGCAGAAAUGGGAGCUAACGAGCACGGAGUGUGUGUAGCUAAUGAAGCUGUCGUGACCAGAGAACCAGCUUCUGAGUCUGAAGCCUUGCUUGGCAUGGAUCUUGUCAGACUUGGCCUAGAAAGGGGUGCAACAGCUAAAGAAGCAUUGGAUGUAAUAGUUGCUCUGUUGGAAGAGCAUGGACAAGGUGGAAAUUAUUAUGAAGAUGGGAGUUCAUGCCAUACUUUCCAAAGUGCAUUUUUGAUUGUGGACAGAAAUGAAGCCUGGAUACUGGAGACUUCUGGGAAGUAUUGGGCAGCUGAAAGAAUCACAGAGGGAGUGAAAUGCAUUUGCAAUCAGCUUUCAUUAACUACAAAAAUUGAUGCUGAGCAUCCUGAACUAAGGAAUUAUGUGAAAAGUCAAGGCUGGUGGAAUGGAGACUCAGACUUCAAUUUUUCUGAAGUGUUUUCUCUUGCUGAUGACCAUUUAGCCUGUUGUUCUGGCAGGGAGAGCCUAGAAAAACAAGGUGGUGACGUUUCUGCACAAGCUAUGAUUGAUGUCCUGCGUGACAAGGAUAGUGGUGUCUGUGUGGACUCUGAAUCUUUCCUUACCACAGCUAGCAUAGUGUCUGUUCUGCCUCAGGACCCUAGUUUUCCCUGUAUUCAUUACUUCACUGGCACGCCAGACCCUUCAAGGUCCAUAUUUAAACCCUUUAUUUUUGUUGAUGAUGUAAAAUUAGUACCAAAAGUGCAGUCUCCUUCUUUUGGCAAUGAUGAUCCUGCUAAAAAGAUACCUCGAUUCCAGGAGAAACCAGAUCGUAGGCAUGAACUGUACAAGGCACAUGAAUGGGCCCGAUCUCUCCUGGAGAAUGAUCAGGAUAAAGGCCAGAAACUGAUGAGGAUUAUGUUAGACCUUGAAAAACAAGGUUUAGAAGCAAUGGAAGAUAUCCUUUCUCGUACAGAGAUUCUGGAUCCAGCUGAAGUAGUGGAUCUUUUCUAUGACUGUGUUGACACAGAACUAAAGUUCUUCAAAUAAACUACAGUGGCUAUUGUUAGCCUUUUCACUGGAAGACUGCAAUGUUCUUCAAGCCUUGAAAGAAAGUCUUCACACUUGUGAUUUUGCAGGAAAAAACAUUUCUAGAGGAAAAAAAUGUUACUUGCUAGCUGUAUCCGGUUAACAAAUUGCUUUCCUUUGUCCAAUCUUGUGGUGUUCCUGUUUGUGUAUGUAUAUAGUGAAAGGAGAAAGUCACUGACUGGUCCAAUUACUGUGUGCAUGCUGGCUAAUUUAGUACAGAAUGUUAAAACAUGUAUGUUGGGCAACCAAUUAAAGUAAAGAUUUAACUUCAUCAGGCUAAUUGCCAUAUUGUCAUUGAAAGCAAUCUGGUUUUCCCUGUGUUGCUCAGGACUAGGCUUGCAGCAAAGCUGACUUGCAUUUUUCUCUUUUUGCUAAUUCAUACAGAGUUGAAAUGGUAGAGUUGAAAUCAGAGUUUGAGAUGGGCAGGAAGGUAAGUCCUGGCUCUUAACCUAGUUGUGCUAGCUUCAUAUGGCCCUAUCUGGUUGCAGUAACUCAGCACCUGACAUUAUGUCUGUACAAAUUACCAGAAUUCAGUCCCCAGGUUAUGUUCUGCCCUCGCCCUCAGCCAGCUUGUGCUUGUAGUGCACCUGGCUGCUGCUCCAGAACUGAGUCCUGAAGUGCAGAGCCAGCCUGGAUGCUGUAGAGAUCUACACAUAUUGGCUCUUCAGAUGCAAUUAAUAAGGUGUCAGAUUUAUACACAAGCUACGGAUUUGGAAUUUUUUAAAGGAAUAGAUGGUGGACAUUGAUAAAUACCUGGCUAUUCUCCAUCUUUCUGCCUUUGUACUGCUGAACAGUUCCUAGUUAUCUCUGUUGUGAGACACAUAGCUGAUGAAUCCUUUAAGUACCAGGGAGUUGCUGGUGGGUGUGGCAAUCCAACUGGUUAGGCUUAGAAAUGGCUGUCCUGUGCUUCCUUACAUUAGGUGCAGUGCUGCAGCAUGCUUCCCUUCCUCCACAGUCCUACAGGCAGACCUGCUUCUCACUGUAUUUUCUUCUUGUGGAAAUGAGAUAGGGCAAACACUGAGAAUUAAACCAGUAAACACUCUGUCCGGUGAAGAUGAUUGGUGGGUUUUUUUUUUCAUACAGGAGGUUGAAAGAGGACGUCCAUGUCUUUAGUAAGUGGAAGUUAACAUAUGGAGUUAAAAUCCUUCACUGUUUGAGAAAGGGGAUGAUGAAGAAACACAGGCUUCUGUAUUGAGGAAGUAAAAGCUCCUUAGAAAGCAGUAACACCUCAAGUUGAAACUGUAAGAGUUGUGCAUCAGGGAAAUAGUCAUUGCCAUAUUGCAUUCUCAGGAUUGUUAAAAUGAAAUUGUUUCAUUCAGACUCAUUACUUUGGUAUUGCCUUAUAUGACAAAUGGCAAUUGGACAAGGAAAUGUGGGGCCUUUUCACUUACAGAAAACAAGGAAGAAUAUAUUUUCUCUUAUGGCCUACCUAAUAAUCUCCCAUUCACAAUGAAAUCCUCCCAUGCUGUCUAUCCUAGGACCAACUCCUGUGUCUAAGUAUUUUAAAGUGUAGACAAUAGGAGAAGGAAAAUAUCCAAGUAGACUCUGAAAUUUAGCUGCUCUGUAUAAUAACCCGAGGAGGGGCUGACUGCAAGAAGCACACUUGAUUUCAGAGAGUGUUGGGGGGAUGAAGCCCACUGAAGGAAAAGUGUGCUUUUUCCAGCUGCCCAUAACUGAAGUAAAUGGAUUUCCCAUGAAAUCACAUCUCCUGAUAGGAGUAGCUGGGUAUUUCUGCACAACCAGGGAACAGGAAUAAAAUUAUUGCUCCAGGGAGCAGACAAAAAUUAGGAUGUACCUCUUCUCACAGCUAUUUGGCAUGACUUGGAUCUCUAAUCUUUGAGAGCUGGAAGGAAGGCAACAUGAAAGAAGUGAGUGUUCCUGUUAAAAACAUGUAUCUUAUUUGCCUGUUUCUUAAGAAAGAAGAAAGCAACAUUUGCAAUUAUCUCAUGGGCGUUUAUGUCCUUAUGUGGAACUGCUUAUAUGACAGAAUGAAUAAAUUGUUUUGAGCACAGUGAUCCAGGCAGUAAUUUUCUAAUAGUAUGUUGAUUUUGCUUCAGUUGUAUAGUGCAUUUAAAAACCCAAACCAGCUGUGGUACAGCAACAUGGUUGGGUGCAAUCAGAAGAAACCAGAGCAAUAAUGGUCUUAAUAUUUGCCGUGGUCUUGAACAGAGGUGUGUCUCAGUGGAAGGACACAGUGGGACUUGUGGGAUCAGCUGCCUCAGGGUGACAGCCAGUGUGAUCCUCCAGAUGCUUCAAUGGAUCUUGAAUGACAAAUAUAUGGAAACAUUUCAAAAAUGCUAGCAAAUAGGCACAGGAUUUCUCAUUUCAUCCCGGAAAGAUGUUGUUUAUUUCUAAAAUACCCAAACCAUAAUAAAAAAUGGA